AUGUUGGUAAUUGCUGUUGUGGAAAACACGUCAUUAACCUGUCGAACGACAAUCAACAUUAAGCUUUGUCGUUGUCUAAUCUUGAACUACUUAGUUAUGCAACCAAAUGACAGUGGCAAGUUGAACAGUUAUAUUAGAUUUUCAUGUUAUCCACAAAAAAAAACAAGUAGUACAAUUCAGUAA